CUUGGUGGAGAACCAGAUGCCUUUGACGUGUGAGUGGUUGGCGUUUCCUUCUCUUCCCUUUUUUAUUUUUCACCCCUAUCUCUUAGUAUUGCUGUGUGGGACUAGGAGAGAGAAAGUGGGAUAAAUAGCAAGCCAACAAAAUCAGCAGCCUCUCUCUCUCCCUAUUUCUUCCCCUUUUCCUCACCUCCCCCCAUCUGCUUCCAGCCCCCAAAAAAUCAAAACAUCCCACCACCACAGAGCUCCUUGCCUUCCUCUCCGUCUGCUCACUGUGUGGAUCUACCAGGAUGCUCUCUCUCGUAUGCGCGCGGUGGGGGCAACAGAAGUAAAGAAAGGAAGACAGACAUCUGCGGAGUGGAUCUCUCUUGGGGUUUCUCAUAUUUGUGCUAGAUCUCCGCUGUUUUCCUUUCUCCACUUGAUGCGUAUGUUGUUCUUGGCUACGCAGCAGAGAUUCGUGAUCCCCGCGUCGUGCUUUUCCAGAUUUGGUGCCGUCAGGCCCUGUGCUCCACUCUUGUGCUCCGAUGGCUCAUCCUUUUCCAAGCCAAAAAAUCUCCACCAGGCCAGAGAUUAGGCAGCAAAAUCCUUCCUUUUCUUGAUUUCCCAUAUUAUUUCUGGUUUAUUAUCCCCCUUUUCCCCUUCCCUUCUUUUGCUAUUUAUUUCCCCAUCAGGAAAGCACUACCAUACAAGCUUCCCUCCAGUGCUUGGCAACUGUUCAUGUCUUGCUCACUGCUGUUCCCUUUGUGCAAAUCCUUUGCAAGAGCUGCAUGAUCCGUGUAAGCUUCCCCUUAUUCUGCUUCUUGGUUAGCCCCUCUCCUAUCUUGCCAUGGAAUGAUAUUUCAUGUGCUUUGAGGUAAUCUGGCAGCAGGUGCCUGAUGAGGUAGUGGGCGGCCGAGGAAGCAAAGUUUCUUGCUUUCCACCUAUUGAACUUACCAUCUUGGUAUGCUGGAGUGCAAGGAUAAGAGCAGGCCCAAUUGCUUCAGAGCUCUUGGGUUCUUGGUGCCAACAGUAGCAGCUGCAGAUCUGGAGGGAGCAGCGAAGGCGUUCAUCAGAUGUUAUCCAGUGAGCACCCUUCAGGCCCCUCAUGCUCCUCCAAGUCUGCUGGCCCGGGUGUGAGCGCUAAUCCGGUGACGUCCGCGGCGGAGGCGCCGGCGUGUCAGGAUCCCAGGGAUCUGGUCCAACCGUGCCCCAAGUUCUCCAUAAGAGAUUAUGUUUUUGCUUCAAGGAGCAAAGGCGUCAAGAGAAGCUGGCCUUUCCAUCCACGCUCGUUGCAGCUUUGCCUGAAGCGUGGUGUGAAGGAUCCACUCCCUCCAUUUGAGCCUCCUAAUUUGAUUCGGUCACAGCCAUUUAAUAUUUUAACAGGCGUCGAGCAAUCUGCUGCGUCUUCAGAAGCCAUCGCUUGUGUUGGUCUGGUGAAGACUAGAGAUGCUGGUUCGUCAAACGUGGAUACAAGUGAUAUCAACUUCCAAUCAUGCCAACCAGUAGACGAGUCACUUGGUCUGUCACCAUACACAUCACCGGAGGAUGGGAAAUCUGGUAUCGACCAAGUGGGGAGCACAAAUGAAUCAGACCAUACUGAAGGAGCUAUACCAGUAGAUCUGCAAGAUAAUAGUUGUACAAAAGAAAGUCGACGAACUGAGGUCGCAGUGCCCUCCUGGCGGUCGAGAAAUCUUGACUCAUCGUGUGAGCCAUCUGAAAAGAAGUGCAAGUUUGUAGUCAAGUUAGGCACCCCGACAGAUAUUCGGCGGGCGGAAGACAUAGCAUCUAACUCUAGCUCAGUUUCAGACCCGAUGGCUUCAAAGACUUGUCCUGUUUGCAAAGUGUUUGCUUCCACUUCGAACACCACAUUGAAUGCCCACAUAGAUCAGUGUCUUUCUGCUGAGUCAAAUACUGAGCUUGUUGAAACAGUUGUUGUGAAGCCUAAAGUGAAACCAAGGAAGAAGCGAUUGAUGGUGGACAUAUACAAGACUGCGCUUCCAUACACACUCGAGGAUCUUGAUAGGAGGAAUGGCACUAACUGGGCAAUUGAGUUGGCUAUGCCCACCGUGAACAAGGAGGUUUGCACUGGGAACCGAACCCCAGAAGUGGUACCAUUUGACCCAAGAGAUGAUGAAAGAGAAGGAGAUGUCUAUGUUGAUUCUAACGGCAUAAAAAUUCGAAUUUUGUCCAAGUGUAGCGAUGCACCUUUGAUGUUGAGGGAUGAGCUUGGUUCAAGGAAAGUUGCAAAGCAUGAGACUGGGAAAGGUAUACUAAUAAGCAAAAAGAUCUUCAAGUCGAAAUUUUUGAAGAAUGAAAAGCUUAAGAUGCAUGGAAAGAAGUACAACAAAAUAAACCAUUUUAAUUCCCAGGUUCAAGCAUACUCGCAUGGAGGUACCAGUGAGGACACCUCUGAGGGUGAGAUGCAUAUGCGGAAUCCUACUGAAAGCACCAGCAAUCGUGGUUCAGGGACUAUGAGGCAGUGGGUGUGCUCCAAACGCUCAGAUAUCUCCAAGAAUGUUAGCAGAAAGCUUGGUGAUAAAACAUUUGAUAAAGUGACAUCUGGAGCACAGAAAUUGGCUACGAGCAGCAUGCUUGGCUUUGAUGAUUCUCAAAUUCCGGGAAGUCCUACUGGGGUGUUUUCUUCCCAGUCGCCAGAAGAGAUGGACACUACUUCAGAAGCCAAUGGCGUUGAGCAGAGUAAUGGUUCUUCAAGAUUGCUCAGUUCAAUUCCUAGAUCGUUGUCAAAAACUCCUGUGCAGAGCAGCAUCAUGCCAAAAGUGCCUAGAUCAGCUGCUGCUCUUGCCAAGAGAAAAAUUAAGGAGAUUGGAAGGAGAGAAGCUAAUAAAUUAGAUAACUAUGAUAUAAUGAGGAACUCCACCUCAGCGAAAAGGUCUGAAACUAGGAGUCUUUCCUACUCCAUUGCAGGGCCUAGCGAUGGACCAAAUACCUCCAAGAAGUUCCGGAAGCAUAGAUCUCUGUUGAGGACUGGCAGGCGUGCAUUUUCACCUUCUAGUAGUAAGCUAGUUCAUGGUUUUGGCCAAGACUAUGAACCUGAUACCAGACAUGUAAACAAGAAGUUCAGGCGUAUUAGUAACGGUGCCCCCAAGAAGUUUGUGAAGCAUACUGAAGAGGAUACUCCUGAUAAUGACUUCUCUUUUGGAAGUGACAUGCCAGUAUCGGGACAACAUGUUGAUCAGUUUGAUGUGGCACAACACACAGAGGGUACACAAAUGGAUUAUGAAGGUGAAGAACCUGAAACUGAUAUGCCACAUGCGGCAGUCUCCAGACGUAAUCCUGCUGACUCUUGCAAUGAACUAAGCUAUGGUUUUCCGAGUACUGAAAAUAACAGAACUGGCAAUGAUGUUUUGGUUGAAGGCUAUGGGGUAGCGGUGGAGGAUCCAAGCUCUAGUGAGCAACUAGCACAUCAUGCUCAUGAAUCCAACAGUGUAGUCAAUAAUGAGAUGGAGGAAUGGCAGAUAGAUCCGGCUUCAACAAAGGAAUCUAGUGCCUGCUUGACUAGUAACAGGGACAUGGGUCCUGGAGCUCCUCAGGAUAACUCGUCAAUAACAUCGAAUAGAGAAGACUCUAACCAAGAACAUGGUUUGCCAUUCGAACAGGACUCACUGGAUUCUCCGGUCUCGACUACCUCAACCAUGUCUGCUCCGACUGCUUUGAAGGAUUCAAGGAUUGAAGAGUCAGAGCCAGGACCAUCUACUGUUAGGACUGUUGAAGAGCGAAUCACUGGGAGCUUGAAUCAGGAAACCAAGUCAAUGCCUAUGGCCAGAGAAGGUGAACAACUACCUAAUGAGAAGCCUUUUUGUUGUUCUUGUCGGGAGAGCAUUUCCAGAGAGUCUCAGUUACACCAUCAAAGUGCGGUAGCCAGACCAAUGCUGAAUUUUACUGGAAAGCAGGUUCCACACUUGCACAUUGGUUUGAAGGCAUCAUCAUCUUUCAGCACAUACCAAAGAACCAGCACAAAGGCUAACCCUUGCUUAGAUUCACAUGUUCAUCCUUUAGCGGCUAAGGUGUCAGCUGAAUCUGCUAUGAACCCCCCAUCCUAUACAACAGAUUGUAUGAGCCCCUCAUUACAAGCUCAGCUUCCUUCACCAUCGAAUCCUAUCUUAAGACUGAUGGGUAAGAAUUUGAUGGUGAUGAACAACGAAGAGAGUGUGCAUCCUCAAGCACCAAGUUCGGAUUACAUCCUGAGGGGGAAUUAUGUGGCACCUGUUGGUUUCGGGCCUUCAAAUUACCAACAUCUCAGUGAUUCUGCAUUUAUCAACACGGCUCCAGCCACAGCCAGUCACCAAAUUCCUAUACCAAAUGUUCAAGCUGGAAACUUUGCUGGGCCUCCAUUGCACAGUGCUUCCGUGAUGCAAUCAGACCAUCAUUCCCAGCAGAAGUCGUACAGAAACCUUGUGCCAGUCAUGCAUCAUCCAACCUACAUGAUGAAAGAAGUGAUUGUGAUCAAUGACUCUCCUGAACGCAGAAGUGAGCCACAAGUUAGCAUGCUUCUCCCCCCUGCCCCCUCUCCGACAACAAUCUCAGUGCCAAACACUAUGCCACGCGGGCCAUUUUACUGUCUUCCAUCACAAAGCCCAAUUUUGCCAAGGGAGAGGGCUGUUGGAUCCCUGCCUGUAUUCGGAAAUGUUGGCUCAAUGGUUGGUCUCAGCUCAUCAAGUCAAGGAAGCCAAACGGAAGUAGCCAAUCCUUACAUGCCAAAUCCGUUCUUUGUCCAGUCUCCAAUUGGUUACAUAAACCCGCCGGUGUACUAUUCACAAAAUUUGCGGUGAUAAUAUCUCAGUAGCUCAAAUGACCAGGAGAACUCCAUCUAGAUUGCCGGUCAUCACUGUCAAAGUGUGUGUGUGUGGGGGGGGGGGGGGGCGGUGAGAGUUUUGUGAUGGGUCUAAAAUACUGAGAUUAGUGAAGCUGCAUGAGUUGUCUGACUUUCAUUGGGAUUUUCACAUAGGUUGCUUCUUUAGUUUUUCCUUAAAGGUAAACAUGUUUGCCUUCAAAGUAUUUUAAUUACAUUCUGCAAAGUUGCAGUAAACUAUAGUAUGCAAUGCCCAAUAGUUCUCGAAA